AAGAUAAUUUUAAAGGAUUAUAUUGAAUUCCUUCAAACUAUCAACAAAUAAAAAUAUUUUAUUUUGUAACCAAAAUUCCUUCCUUUCUUUAUUUUUUCCUUCUUGAUGAAAAUUUUAAAAGUUUAUUUUAUCUGAAAAGACAAGAGUUAUGAUUAUCUGAAUAAUUAUCGUGAAUAAUUAAUACCUUUGAAAUUUUUGCUCUGAUAUUAUAAGCAUGUUAAAUUUUCCCCCGCCUGAGCAUAUUAUGAAAUUUCAUGAAUUCGAUGAGGAAUAUCUUCUGAAAAAAUGCAAAUUAUUUGAUCGCAUUCCUUUUCAUUCAGUGCACCUGCUUCUUAGUUCAUCUGAAACUCUAGUUGAUGAUUUUAAAACGAUUUUGCUUUCAGAUGAAAGUAACUAUUUCUUCGCACAAAAAGUUCCCGCGUCUUCUCUUAUUCAUGAGUCGUUUAUUGAGAAUUUUGUGAGAACAGGUUUGUUGUGUGCACUAUCACAAAGCAAUAAUGGAGAUGUUGGCAAUCUUGUAACGAUUACAGCAUCAGGUAAGCUGGUUGUACAAUUAGAAAACAAUGUUGCUGGGUAUUUAUCACUUUUGAGAGAAAAAUCAUCCAACCAUCAUUUCAAAGAAGCAAAAUCUCAUCAAAUUUAUUUCAUCAAUAUAAGUUCCAAUGACUUUUCACCUGGAAAGAAAUUGCAUGAAACAGUUUCUUCAGAAUUGCAAAAAAUUGAUCAUAUUAAAUUCGAUCUGCUUCUAAAAUGGAUACCAAGAGGUGAUGUAUGUUGUGAAUCUUUAAGAGAAUAUUUUGAAAGCAAAGGUUAUGAGUGUCAUCCAUGCCAACCUCAAUAUAAACCAGAAAUAAAAUUCGACGUGCCCAUUCCUCAGUUAAACUUCGAGAGUAUGGAUCAAACAUUGGUAGAGAGUGCUUUGGAGUGGGUUGGUGCACAAGUCUGUGGUGUUGAAUAUGCUGAUGAGAGUGAUGCAUAUGCUAGUAAGUUUCAUGUGCCUGAGUUAUCUGAAAAAGGAAAGCUUCACAUUUAUUCAUUUCAAGGUUUUUAUACAUCAAGUGAAAUUAACAAAGCACUACAAAUAGCCAAGAGUUGUUUUUCAAAAAUCCCUAAUCUUCCAUUUAUUACUUUAAUGCUAAGUGGAUAUCAACAAUGUUAUGUUGAUUCUCAAGAGUUUGGAAAAUUCAUCUCUGCUGAUAAACUAAUUUGUAUAUUCAUCUCACCUCAAUUUAAAUAUCAUAUGGUUACAUUAAAUCUAUAAAAAUUUCACUGUAAUGUAAUAAACUAUUUUAUUAAAAAAGU